AUGUCUGCAUGGAGAUGCCUUGUCUGUGUCAGCUUUUUGCUGACCAUUCUCCUGGAACUGACAUACCAGGGACCCCUUGGCCUCCCCUCAUAAAGUACAAAGUUGCUGAUAACGAGCUACUCUGUGCAAUCCACUGUAGUAUCCCGCUAUGCCCACACCUUGGUCACCUCUAUCCUGUUCAAUCCACAUGCUGAGGCCCAUAAAGCCAUCUUUGACCUGGAUCUGCCUCGCCUUGCCUUUAUCUCCAAUUUCACUGUGACCAUCAGUAAUAAAGUUUACCUUGCAGAAGUCAAAGAGAAGCACCAGGCAAAGAAAAUAUAUGAGGAAGACAAUCAACAGGGAAAGACAGCUGCUCAUGUAGGCAUCCAGGACCAGGAGUCAGAAAAGUACCACAGCUCCACCAGCCUGGCAGCAGGCAUGGUGGUAACAUUUCCCCUGGCCUGCGAACUGCUGCAGCGGCACCAGGGCCAGUACCAGCUGGUGGUGAGCCUGAGGCCUGACCAAUUGGUGACAAGGAUGAGCGUAGAGAUCACAGUGUCAGAAAGGACAGGCAUUGCCUACGUGAACGUGCCACCCCUGACGACCAGCCAUUUGCUCACGAGGGCCCAUGCAAGUGAAGCUGACUUGCCCCCAUUCACCAGGAUCGAGAGGGGAGAGACCUGUGCUCCUAUCACCUUCUACCCAUCACUGCAAGACCAGUCAGCCUUCUCCAGCUCAGGCAUUAUGUCAGACUUCGUGGUGCAGUAUGAUGUGGUCAUGGAGGACAUCAUUGGAGAUGUGCAGGUUUACAAUGGCUUUUUUAUUCAUUACUUUGCCUCCAGAGGCCUCCCACCUGUGGAGAAAAACGUGGUCUUUGUUAUAGAUGUGAGCGGCUCUAUGUUUGGUACCAAGAUGAAGCAGACCAGCACUACUGUGAAUGUGAUCCUCAGUGACCUGUGGGCCAACAACUACUUCAACAUCAUCUCCUUUUAUGAAACAGUUAGUGUCUGGAAAUCUGGAGGCUCCAUCCAGGCUACCAUCCAGAAUGUCCACAGUGCCAAGGACUACCUGGGUCGCAUGGAAGCUGAUGGUUGGACUGACAUCAACACAGUUCUGCUGGCAGCUGCUUCAGUGUUCAAUCAUAGCAACCAGGAGCCUGGGAGGAGCGCCAGUGUAGGAAAGAUCCCUUUCAUCAUCUUCCUGACAGAGCCCACAGCCGGUGUGACGACCCCCAGUGUGAUCCUCUCCAAUGUCGGUCAGGCACUGGGCCAUAAGGUGUCUCUUUUCAGGUUGGCCUUUGAGGAUGAUGCUGACUUCUUGCUGCUGCGCUGCCUGUCCCUGGAGAACUGGGGAGCAGCCCGGCGCAUAUAUGAGAACACUGAUGCAGCCCUGCAGCUGAAGGUCCUCUAUGAGGAGAUCUCCAUGCCUCUGCUGGCAGACGCGUGUUUUGACUACCUGGGCGGCUUGGUUGAGGCCCUCCAUUGGGCCCCUUUCCCUAACUACUUUGGUGGCUCAGAGCUGGUGGCGGCAGGCCAGGUGCAGCAAGGUGAGCAGGAGCUCAGCAACCACCUAGCAGCCCGUGGUCCCCAGGGCCAGCUUCCUGUGGCCCACCACAGUGAGGUGGCCACUGACAGCAGCCAGAAAACCUUUGGUUUCCCAGGGGAACCAGGACCCAAUAUGACCUGCUUCAUCCACUGCCUCUGGACCUACGUCACCAUUGAACAGCUUUUGGAGGCACACUUCCAGGCCCAUGAUACGACCACUCGUCACCUGCUGGCUGCCAAGACCCUCAAUCUAUCCCUUGAAUACAACUUCGUCACACCUCCGACUUCCCUGGUCAUGGUGCAGCCCAAGUAGGCCAGCGAAGAGGCCAGGAGUCAGGUCGCCACCACAGGUGGACCAGGUACCAUCAUGACCUCAUCUACCAGCAGGCAUGGCCUAGGGGCAGGCACAGACCAUCCAGCCUUGGAGCCCAAAGUCUCCUCCAAAUCAAGGUCUAUGAGACUACAGUCCUACCUAUCCUCAACUACUCCUGCCUCUAUGAAGAAGAUGCCCAGUUCCAAGGAGUUGGAGCCACUAAGUCAGAGCCCUAGAACCUUAUCAACCGCAGCACACUCAAAGCCCCAAACUCCAGCACAACAGGAUUCUGGCACCUUGGCACGAACGAAACCUGUUACCCUUGUGCCCUCAGACUCUGGUGCUCUACUGCCUCUGAAGCUAAGCAUUUCAUCACACCAGAAUCGUGGUGUUCUAUUAUCCAUGAAUCCCAAGCCACAAGUCCCACCUCUGAAUCCUGGCACCCCUUCCAAGCCCAAACCUAGCAUUAUGAAACAUGUUACUCCACUGUAUUCCAAGCCCGUUGCUCCAUCACAACCUAAACUACAUGUUUCAUCACACCCUCAAUCCGUAUUGCAUUCACUCAAGAGCCUGAAACAGCUCACAUCUGGAGCCACACUUCAGAUCCCCAAACAGCCACCACACACCAGACCUAGAAUUUCUGCUUCCAAAACCCCAAAAAACCUGCCCAUAACUGAUAUCCUCUUACUGAAGACCUCUAAAAUUCCAUCACCUGUUAAACCUAGUGCUCCACCUCACCAAACUGCCCCAAACCUAUCAUUCUCUAAACCUGGGACCUCAACUCCUCAUACAGCCCAAAACUUACUCUCCCUGAGACCUGCCAGACCGAGGCCCCCACCUCCUCAGAGCCUAAGCACACUUGCAAGUAGAGUCUCCCAUCCCAGCAGUACCAUGACCACUUCUGUCCUUGGAGAACCUCUCUGCACUCCCUUUACCCCCACCCUGCCCUCUCUAUUGCCCACUGGAAGGUGCUGGCCCCAGCAUGACCUACUACCAGGACCUCAGAGCACUAGGCCUGUUCUGGGACCGUCUGUACCAGAAGCCCCAACAAUGGGCCUACCCAACAGCUCCAGGCUUACGCGAAAUCUGCCAAUCUUGCUGCCUCCCAGCACCCUCCCUGAGGCUGUCAGCCUGUUCCUUCUCCCCAUGGAGGUAGAGCUACUGUCUGAGUCAAUGGUGAAGUCCAAGUUUGUGGAGUCUUCGAACCCACCAGCUUUCUAUACCUUCCUCACUCCUGACGAAGAUGGAAAUCCACAUUGGGAUGGCAAUUCUGAGGAGAUUCUAGGAGGAGUUGGAGGCAGCAUGGAAUCUCAGGCAAAUUCUGUGGGGCUAGCAAAAGGCAUGUUGCCAAGUAUCUUCACCUUCUCAUCCUAGGGUAAUGGAUGGGGACCCCACUUUGUGAUCCACAUCCCACACUCAGAAGAGAAGGUCGGCUUCACACUGGAUGAGCGCCCAGGGGAACUGCUGCAGCUCAUAGAGGACCCAAAGGCAGGGCUACAUGUGAGUGGGCAGCUGCUUGGGGCACCACCAAGCUCAGGCCAUGAGGACCAGAUCUGCACCUACUUCCAGAUUAUCACAGUCACUGCAGACAAACCCCAAGCCUAUGUUGUCACCAUCACCCGCGGCUCCAUAUCUGUCCUGCUGAGGAGGCCCCAGCAGUAGCUCCAUAUGGUUUCUGUAGCCAGCCUCACCCUCCGCCUUGUGCUCCACCUCGAGUUCUUAGUCCUCCGGCACUACUAAAGGUACCCUAACACCUUGCAACUACCCCACUUAGGGUUCUAUGUGGUCAGUGGCUCAGGCCUCAGCCCCUUGGCCGAUGGCCUGCUAGGGCAGUUCCAGCCCACAGACAUUCAGCUGGUGACAGGGCCUACAGUGUCAUGUCUGCGGAGGCACCAUGGCCCUUAUGUGCCUGUGGCUCUAGGCAAGAGGCUGCUGAAGGGCUCACCAAGGCCUCUUCUGUGCUGGGCUACCUGCUGGCUGGUGAAGCGCUCCCAUGUAGAGCGACUGCUGGGCCACGCCUACCUCGCCUAUGUCCUGUGA